AUGCUUGGUUGGAUUCUCCGGUUUUGUUAUAACAUCACGCAUUCAGAUAAUAAGAAAAGCGGUGAGUUAAGUGCUGCAGAAUUUACGGCUGCCGAGACCUUGGCAUUUAAAUUGAUCCAGCAAGAGUGUUUUUCGGGAGAAGAUGAUAAAAGUAUCAGCAAUCUUCAACCAUUUUAUGAUGAAAAGAGAGUGCUUAGAUUGAAAUCAAGAGUGUCUAACAGGGAAGAUACUGAAUAUUUCCGAUUUCCCGUUAUUUUGCCUGCCAAGCAUCCUUUAGUACAGAGUUUGAUUUGGUUCGAGCAUACGAAGUCUUGCCAUGUUAGAACCCAAGGUCUACUGAGUCUCUUACGAGAAAAAUAUUGGAUUUUGGGAGGAAGACGUAGUAUUCGAAGUGUCAUAUCCAGAUGUGUAGUAUGCAAACGACAGCAUGGAAAACCCUUGGUUGUUCAAUCACCACCGUUACCUCUGGAUCGAGUGCGUUUGGCAGUUCCAUUUGAGAUCACCGGCGUGGACUUUGCUGGCCCGUUAUUCCUGAGAACUGGACAAAAAGUGUGGUUGUGUCUUUUCACAUGUGCGGUGUACCGCGCGGUUCAUUUGGAGUUAUGCACGUCGCUUUCGACCGCGGGUUUUUUGCAAGUGUUUCGUCGUUUUGUAGCUCGGCGCGGUAGACCUAAAAAGAUUUAUAGCGACAACGGGACUAAUUUCGUUGGUGCGGAAAACGCUUUAUCGGCUCUUGAUUGGGACUCGAUUUUACGCGAAACCAGUGUGCAACGUAUCGUUUGGAAGUUUAACCCCCCGACAGCGGCGUGGUGGGGUGGGUUUUGGGAACGGUUGAUAGGAGUUCUUAAACAGCUAUUACGGAAAAUGUUGGGUCACGCGUGUUUGGACUUUGAACAAUUGUUAACCUUGGUUUGUGACUGUGAAGCUGUUGUCAAUGCUCGACCGUUAACAUAUUGUUCCGAGGAUUCCACGGACUUGGCUCCUCUUACUCCAUCUUUGUUUUUGCGCGAACAAACCGACUGGGGUUUACCUGACUGUGAUUCUGUUGACCGCGCUUCCUUGUGUCGCAAAGCAAGGCAUAUCCAACGUUUGCGAGAUGAUUUACGCGCGCGAUUUCGCACCGAAUAUAUGGGACAAUUGAAGUUACUAUCCAAAAACGCAAAGUGCAGUCCAGUCCGGAUCGGAGAUGUAGUGCUAAUCGGUAAUGACAAUUCUAAGAGAACGGACUGGCCAAUGGGUAAGGUUAGUGAACUUUUAUCGGGUAAAGAUGGUCAAGUGCGUUUAGUGCGGUUAGAAACUCCCAGAGGUGAAUUGUUGAGACCCCUGCAACGACUUUACCCGCUGGAGUGUAUUACUAUGGAGCGAGAUGUGGAAGCAACUCCUGGUCCUGAAUCCACUACACCAGAAGCGUUCCAAGACAGUGAGGAGGCGAGUGGAAGAACCGAGGAUGUGUUGAACAGGUCGGCUGAGGCAGUGAAAGUGACUCGGUGUGGACGUGUCAGCAAAAUACCUGCGAGGUAUUUGUGA